AUGCGUGCGGUAACGGCUAUCGCUUCUCUUUUGCUGGUCGGCUCUGCCGUCAGCUUGGAGAAUCCUCAUCGCAAAGCCAAGGCCGUUCACCGAGCUCACCAGCACAAGGCAGUGUUGCCUCGUGCACUCCCGGUGGCUGGGGGUGAGGAUUACAAGUACUUGACUAACAGGACCGAGAGGUUCCUUGUCAACGGCACUGGCAUCCCAGAAGUGGACUUUGACGUCGGAGAAUCUUACGCAGGUCUCUUGCCCAACUCACCCGCUGGGAACUCUAGCCUCUUCUUCUGGUUCUUCCCUUCUCAGAACCCGAAGGCACAGGAUGAGAUCACAAUCUGGCUGAACGGUGGACCAGGAUGCAGUUCCCUCGAUGGAUUGCUGCAGGAAAAUGGACCCUUCCUCUGGCUUCCGGGCACUUACAAACCUGCUCGGAACCCAUACUCGUGGACUAACCUGACAAAUGUGGUGUAUAUCGACCAGCCGGCUGGAACGGGCUUCUCUCCUGGCCCGUCUACCGUGGAUGACGAGGAGGGCGUUGCCGCCCAGUUCAAGAGCUGGUUCAAGCACUUCGUCGACACGUUCGGCCUGCACGGCCACAAGGUGUAUCUGACCGGUGAGAGUUAUGCCGGGCAAUACAUCCCGUAUAUCGCUUCGGCAAUGUUGGAUGAAGAAGAUGAGAAGUAUUUCAAUGUGAAGGGUAUUCAGAUCAACGACCCAUCGAUUAACGAUGACUCCGUGAUGAUUUAUGCCCCGGCCGUUAGGCAUCUGAACCAUUACACAAAUGUCUUCGCUUUGAACGACACAUUUCUGGCCGAUGUCAACUCCCGUGCGGACAAGUGUGGCUUCAACAAGUUCCUUGAUGAGGCAUUGACUUACCCACCCCCGAAGGACUUCCCUGUGCUUCCGGAGAUCAACUCGGAGUGCGCUAUCUGGGAUGAUAUUGUUGCGGCUGCUUACGAUGUCAACCCUUGCUUCAACUUCUACCACUUAACAGACUACUGCCCUUAUCUCUGGAGCGAGAUGGGCUUCCCUUCUCUUGCAGGCGGGCCCAACAACUACUUCAACCGCACUGACGUCCAAAAGGCCCUUCACGUCCCUCGCACGGAUUACUCCGUCUGCGGAGAAACGACCAUCUUCAAGAAUGGUGAUCAAUCUCCCCCCAGUGCCCUGGGUCCCCUCCCCAGCGUGAUUGAGCGGACGAACAACACGAUCAUUGGUCACGGAUGGCUUGAUUACCUCCUUUUCCUGAACGGAUCAUUGGUGACAAUCCAGAACAUGACUUGGAACGGUGCUCAAGGGUUCCAGAAGCCUCCUGUCGAGCCGCUUUAUGUCCCCUACCAUUAUGGUCUGGCGGAGCUCGCCAAUGGCGACGCCCCGGAGCCAUUCACACUGAUCGCUGGUGCGGGACUUCUAGGUACAGCUCAUACCGAGCGUGGAUUGACUUUCUCCAGUGUUUACUUGGCUGGUCAUGAAAUCCCCCAGUAUGUUCCCGGCGCGGCAUAUCGCCAGCUGGAGUUCUUGCUUGGUCGUAUUGAGAACUUACAGCAGCGGGGCGGGUACACUGCCUAG